AUGUACCAAGUCAGUGUUUUUAUCCUUCCAAAGAAGGCAAGUUCCAUUUUAUCGAACCCGGGAGAUGAAAAGAAAAAGCGUCGGAGAAGGAAGUUGCGUCGUCAACCGCAACAAGACCGCGAUAACGAGUGGACGUCAAGGGCGAUGGAGUUUGAAAAGGCGUGGGAGGACAAGAACUCGCAUAAAGCCUAUGCUUUACUGAAACAGUAUAGCGGCAAAAUGAAAAGAUAUUCUCCUGUUCUUAACACUGCUAAGACCUUGCUGAACCGGCAAGCACCGUCAACUCCUGAACUCGAGCACGUUCAUAGACCGACAUAUGCGGUUAACGAGAAAUCACCGACUGUGUCGGAGGUUCUGGUUUGUAUCAAGAAAAUGAGAAAUGGAAAAUGUGGUGGAGAUGACGAGAUCAGCGCAGAAAAGCUGAAAUAUCUCCCUCCUCCUGGGAUUCGUGAGAGGACAAAGAUCAUCCGUUCAAUAUGGAUAGACGAAAGGAUACCUGAAUCGUGGAGAUACGCUAUCGUAGUUCCCUCCACGUUAUCCGUCACGGACCCUAGCAAUUACCAAGGAAUUUCUUUGCUGCGUGCUAUGUACAAGGUAUUGGAGUGGAUUAUCCCGGACCGACUCAUUAAAAAUCACGAAGAAAUAACGCGCGACGAGCAGGCUGGCUUUCGUCCUGACCGAUCUACUACUGGCCAGGUGUUCAUCGUCAGGACAUUGCAAUCUGGCAGGAAGCCAAUACAAUUAAGGUGGUGGAGUAAGACAAGGGACAGUGGCAGGACCCUUCCUGUUCAAUUUCGCCAUGACGAGAAUAUGCGAGCAACAGUAGAUCAGUGGCCUGUCGAUAUCGUUCCAGCACCAUCAGGACGCCCUUUCGAGUACGCUGACGAUGUUGUUAUAUUCGCGGAAAGCAGACUAUACCUUGAUAAAUGCGAACAGAUGUGGAUCUCUUCGAGACCCCAAACGGAAAUCAGGGUGGACGGACAACCGAUAGAACUCGUCGUUGAGUUCUGUUACCUGGGCUGUACGCUGAAGAACAACGACAACUACGAGAAAGAUAUUCAGCAAAGAUGCGCUAAGGCCACUUCUUCUUUUAAAUCUUUAACGAAGUGCGUGUGGUCGACCCCCAUCACAAAUGAAGUCAAGUUGCAAGUCUACCUAUCUGCAAUUCGCUUCAUCAUGAUGUACGGAUCGGAUACUUGGGCAGCACUAUCUACAGUGAUGGAGAGGCUUGAUUGCACGGAACGAAAGCUGCUUAGACGGCUACUUGGCUACGUUUGGCUUAGGGUAUGCCACAAUGAAUAUCGUUACGCAGAAAUUGAUGUGGUAUGCCAGCGGGUGACACGUGGAAGAUAUCAACGUCUUGCACAGCCAUCAAAAGUGGCUAAAGUAAAUCGUCUUUGCUUCUUUGGUCAUAUAUUAAGGAGACCGGCAGAUCGCCUCGUUCAACGAGUUCUGAGGAGUUUGUCAGGUCCGAGCUGGAAGAAGCCACCUGGUCGAAAACGGAAGUUCUGGACUGAAGUGGUGAAAGAAGACUUGAGAAGACUCGGCGUGGUUAGGCACUUCAGGCGAGACGUAAGGUUUCGCAGAAUAUGGAAUAGCGACGAAUGGAUUGAUUCCGUGCAAGCUUUCGCAGAAGAUCGAGAAGGUUGGACAGAGCUGUGUUUCAGGACGGCACACCUCGGCGAAGAUGCGGGACAUGGACUCAAAUCUCUUAGUAAUUGGUAUCUGAGUCGAAAAUAUGAUAACACCAAAGAGAUGACUAUUGUCAACUACGACGAUAGAGAUAUCUAUGAGAAUCCGCCCAACGUUACGGAUGCUCCAGGCUACGAAUCUCAUACCUUAUCUACAGAGGAAUUCGACGAAAAAGCCACAGUGGCGGUAGAAAGUUUUGGCUUGCCGAUCAAGGAAGCGAUAAUGGCCUCGCACGAAAAAAAGGAAGAUGGAACACGUAAAGUUACCGCAAGUUCCAUCUUCACAAUGAUCAUCUAUGCAAUAUUUUUGGCUCUGGUUACUUACGUCGCUUUGGCUCAAUGUUCAGUGCAAACGUAUUACUUCACCAAAAUCAUCGGUGAUCUUUUCGUUACAUCAAAAAGUGCUGCAACGAACAAGGUAUUCACGGAAAUCUCCAGCAUGGACGAUAUAUGGGGGUUUUUGCAAGGUUCCUUCUUGGUCAGUCUUUACCAGACCGAUGCACCAUCCGAUGUUGAAAAAGAAGCUAUGGUCUAUUAUAACAACAGAUUGCUAGGAAAACCACGUAUUCGAAUGGUCAAGGUGAAUCUUGUCCAUUAA